AUGACGGCGUUACUUGUGAUUCGCAUCCGGAGAUACGCCACCACCAUAAAAAUUAAAGAUAUCUGCUGUCCGGAAUUCCCCAAAGGACUGGCACACAGGGGUGACCCUCACCGGAGAGGCUCACUCUGCGACCGACACUGCACGGCCAUUAACAACCUCCAUGGGGACCUGACCGACGUGCACUCGGAGUCCCACCACCUGCCCCUCCGCAUCCCGUCAGUGGUCUCCAGCCCGGGCUGCUGUCUGCAUCACUCCGAGGAAGUUCAGACAUGCGACGGGUGCCUGCAGAAGAUGACCCUUCUGGCCGAGAACGAGGUGGAAGCCCACCGUCUCUCCAACAACUACAAGUUCGGAUUUAAGAAAUGGAAGAGUCAUGUCACGGCUCGUCCUUGGGAAGAACGGUCAGAAAUUGUCAAAGAACUCUACUCGGACCUGACUAUCAUUAAAAGUCCAACAGGUUCUAUGCUGACCUGUGGCAACCUCUUCUACCUGCUCUUCUUUGGAUGGUGGCUCUCCCUCCUCUACGUCUUGGUCUCCCUUCUGAUGUUCCUCACCGUCCUGGGAGCUCCGUACGGAAAAUUCUGCUGGAAGCUCGCCGGAUAUUUUCUCUGGCCGUUCGGGAAAGUAGUUCAGAAGAUGAAAACAUACCGUCCAGAUUGCCAGAUGAAGUUCAGCGAGAACCACGUCGUCGCUGAAAUCAAGGCGCCGAAGGACACUACCCCGUUGCUCCCCCGGCAGGAUUCAUGCAAGAUGGAUGGCUGUGGUUACUGGCGGCGUAGUAGCACCUACGUCUGGCUCCUAGUCGGCUUCCCUCUGCUGGUCCUCGCCCACGCUCUGCUCUGCGUCAUCUGUUGGCUUCUGGUCUUCUUCAUCCCCACCGCCAAAAUGAGCCUGCGCACCAUCACCACGAUUCUUCUCCUGCCCCCCGAGUGCGUCCACAUUCAGCGGCUACGGAAGACGGAAGUCCCCUUAGAUGCGGAAGUGGUCCUCUGCUGUUACCGAGCGGUCUCCGCGUAUUAUUAUAAAUACUCUGUUGAUGGGAUCAACGUCUUCGCCGUCAAUCUCCUCCCGUUGGUCGUCGUGACUCUGAUUUUGGGCUACGCCGAUAAACACAACUACUACACCAGCUCCGUGACCAAGUUCACCCUGGCUCUCCUCUCCAUCAUGCCUCUCUCCUACUACAUCGGCAUGGCCAUUGCCAGCAUCUCGGCCCAAAGCAACUUUGCGGUGGGGGCCGUGGUCAACGCGACGUUUGGCUCCAUCACGGAGCUGACCUUCUACAUCACGGCCCUCAUCAAGGGGGCUCGCGAGAAGAACAAGUGCUACGAGGAGAUCGUCAAGUCCGCCCUGACGGGGACCCUCCUGGGCUGCGUCCUUUUCGUCCCGGGCCUCUGCAUGGUGAUUGGGGGCAUCCGCCAUCAAGAGCAAAGGUUCAACAGCCGCUCGGCCGGGAUCAGCUCCGCUCUCCUGUUCCUGUCAGUGGGGGGUGUCUUUGCCCCGACUCUCUUCUCCAAAGUCUACGGAAGGCUGGUCUGUGGGGAAUGCCAGAAUUUGACUCAAGAAUUACCCGGACAUUACGUCUGCCAGAGCUGUCACUUUGAUUUGAUGGAGAACAACGGGACUCUCUACUACAGCCAUAUUGAGCCCCUGGUGUACACCGUCUCUUUGAUGCUCCCGGCCGCGUAUGUCAUCGGGCUCGUCUUCACCCUGAAGACCCACUCCCACAUCUACGACAUCCACAUCAGCGACUGUCACAUGCCUGGGCACCAUCACAGCGCAGUGGUCCACUGGUCCCGCUGGAGAGCCGUGGUCAUCCUUCUGGUGGCCACCCUGGGCAUGUCCGCCUGCGCGGAUCUGGCGACCGAGCACAUCAGCCCCAUUCUGAACAACUCACUGAUCUCCCAGUACUUCAUCGGCGUGACGGUGCUGGCCAUGGUGCCCGAGAUCCCGGAGUUGAUCAACGGGAUCCAGUUUGCCCUGCAGAACAAUCUCAGCUUGAGCAUCGAGAUCGGGAACUGCAUCGCAGUCCAGGUUUGCAUGUUGCAGAUCCCCAUCCUGGUCCUCUUCACCGUCUUUUAUCCCACCGAUUUCAUCCUGGUUUUCAGCGACCUCCACGUCUACGCCAGCAUGUUCAGCGUGGUCCUCAUGAAUUACAUCUUCAUGGACGGCAAGUGUGAUUACUUCCAAGGAACUGUGCUGGUGACGGUCUAUUUUAUCCUCCUGGCCGUCUAUUAUUUUGCUCCGUCCCCUGCUGGCUGCUGAGCCGACGCGCCGUUGGGCUUCCAUGUUCCUGACUCUAGGGCCCGGCAGUCGCUUCCCGCAAGUCCUUCCAUCCGAGCCAUGACCGUCUCGUGGGGGGGGGGGGACUCCAAACAAACUUUCAACACCUUGAUAUGAUUUAUCUCCAAGGCAGCCCUCCACCCUUCCAGCUCACGAGCUUCUUUGGGGGGUGGGUGGGUCUUUCCUGCAUUCAAAAGCCCACCCAACAGAUGUUGGCCAACUCUUUGCAGAAGAUGUUGGCCAACCCUUUGCAGAAGAUGUUGGCCAACUCUUUGCAGAAGAUGUUGGCCAACCCUUUGCAGAAGAUGUUGGCCAACCCUUUG